GUUCAGGAUAUGCCAUGGCUCUACUACAGCCCAGAAAAAGCAUCUACUACCCUGACGGCAACCGAUUUGACAUCCGAAUUUAAUAGUAACAGUCUGAUUCCGAUCAAGUUGGCUGCAUUCAUGCUGAAUGGCUCUUUUAUUGGCUACAAAGACGCUGUUGGAGAGGGUCUGCUUCAGCUGUGCAAAGAUUCUUUUCAGCGAAUGAUAGCAGCCUUUAAAUUUGGCACCGUAUAUUAUAAACAGGUAGUUUGGAUAAGUGAAAUAGAUUUCUUUGGAUACAGGCUUUAA